CUCCAAGCACCCGUUUCGUUGAAAGAAAACGGUCUCCGUGUUCAGUGACCUUUGUAAAUCCAAGGAGAGUGCGUCUCUCGGUUCGGCCGUUUGCGAGGAAUCUUCAGGAUGCACAGAAACGCAUGCAGGGGCAUUGACACAGGAAAACUCCGUUGUCCAUCUCCCUUCUCCCUGUGUUGCGCAGACAGAAAAGAAGCGCGUCUCUCACCCUCAAAUCCUCCCGCAUUUCCCGCUCGCUGGGAGUCACCGAGAACGCGACUCGCACCCCGACGCCACUCUAAACGCAUGCAGACUCCUGUGGACCUUUCACCUCAGACACCAGCAACACACACCCAGAAAGUCGAACGUGCAAACAAGUGAACAUGAAGACUCCUAGACGCAUUUGGAUAUCCACACAAACAUAUACAUAUAUAUAUAUAUAUGUAUAUAUAUGUAUAUAUAUGUACAUGCGUAUGUGUAUGUACACAUCUGCGUCGCGAUUUGUGUGUCUGUGUUGUUCGGAUUUAAGCGCUGGUGUGAGCGUAGAAGGGGAACGCUCUGGUGAAGAUGGUUAGGUUGGGCAUGAAGACGAAGGCGGGCAGAGCGAUUUUGAGGAGAUUGGAGGGCUUUGGAAGAAAGAAAAUGUCCGAGUUGCCCAUGGUCACACUUGUCGUAUGGCCAAGAAGACCGUCGGGGAUCUGCGAAAAAACCGAGAGACUCUCGCUGUUCGAGCGCAGCAGAGGCUUUCGGACCCCCGCUUCGCCUCCCAAACCGUUCGGCUGCUGAGAAGCAAAGGCAGAGGGAACUGGGGCGCAAUACGCCCGCUGUCUCCACAUGAACGGCAUCUUUGAAAAGGAGAGAGGAGCAAAGCUCGAGAGAAUUUUGCGCAGAGGACAAAGCGGAGGAGACAGAGGGAAGAAGCCUCUGGGAGAAGCCUAGGACAGAAGAGACAGCGGAAAAGAAGAGACCAGCGAAGACCUGAGCGAGAGACCCAGCGUCGAGAGAAAGGAAGGCAAAUAUGCACUCUCUCUCCAGAGCAGACACUCCUUCGGAGCUCUCCGCGUGCGUCGGACGCCCGCCUUCUUCCGCAGAAACAGUGCGCUUCUUCUGAAGAUUGAAAAUGCCACUGGGACGACUGAAUCCGAGACAGAAUUCUCUCCGCGAAUGGAGCUGAGAACGGCAGAGGCGGGUCUGCAAAUCUGCACCCGAGUGGGGGAGGGGGAGCGCCAGAAGUACGAAUCGGAAAAACGCGUUUUCUCAGACACACAGUGGCUCUUUGCAAGGAAACUUGUCCAACCUUUUCGCGCUUCUUCUCGAAAAGGACGUGGAAAGCGCUCCUCAAUCCCCUCGCUGCAUGCAAACCUGGAAAAAAUUCGAGCGACACGGACUCGGCUGUCUCGCGUCGUCUCCGCAGUCACUUUCUCGCGCUCCGCAGAUGCGGCAAAAACGACGCUCGCGGAAGAUCUGCCGACAGUCAGCUUUUCGCCGCGCAUCUCUUUUGUUCUCUCCGUUUUUUUUCUGUCUUCCUCUCAACUCGGCGCGGUGUCUGUAAAGCCGAGUUCGCCCAGAAACCUGGUGUGCGCGACUCGGUCUCUCUGCCUUCGGCUGCCGCGAGCAGCUUCCUUCUGUCCGCGCUUUCUUACGUAUACACAGAUGUUGACCUCUUCUUCUCCCGCUUCAAUCACCGCCGUUCUCCCUUCUUCAAAAACGCAUUUCCUGCAACUUACCGCAGCCUACCCAAGUGUUUUUGAGCGUUGUUUGCAGACGGUGUGUCCGAGAAACAGCGAGCGUAAAUCGUGCAUGCAGAGCUGUUUGCCAUAUUUUCCAGGAUUUCGCGGUCGAGAAAUGCGACCUUCCCAAGUUUGCGUCGUCGCGGUCUCUGCCCGAGCCACGGUGUCUCAGUGAGCCACAGGACAUUUCCAGUUCUUACACAAGAGAAGCCGCAGGAGUCUGACGCAUCAGUUGUACCCCAGUGUUCGGCCUGAUUCGACGACGGAACCUGAAGGGUGUCCUUCGCCUCUCUUGUCAUCCCCUUGCGUUUCUCUUCUUUUCCUUUCUGUUUCACCUCUGUCUCCCUCCAUUUCGUUCUUCUACACAGUCCAGAGGUAAAAAACGCGUCGAACGCGGAACUCCGCGCAGCUGAGGGAGGGGACGUCUGGAGAGCGCGACACGGGUCGCGCAUGUCGCUGAAGAAAGGCAAUUUUGCGCUCGCUUCUCCACCCUGCGAACAUCGUUUUCCUUCUCGGCUUGGGGUUCACCGCUCGUGGACGUUUUUGCAUGCAUCGCGACGCGGUUCUCGCACCCAAAAAGUUUCCUCUUCCUCGCGCGCAGACGGUCUUCUCGUUUUACCCCAGCAGACUUUUUCGCAGUGUCGACUUUACUGCGAUUCGCCGCUUUUCCCCGUUUUUUUGCCGGAGAAACGAAAAACGCGUUUUCUCGCGCCUUUGACGCUUCGUUCCCGACGGAUUCGUUUGUUUUGUGCAGAGAGCAGAAGCUCGCAGCUUCGGGUGUCUAUAGAGACCUCAGUAGCUUUCUUGUCCUACAAGUGACGGAACAAGGCAGAGACGUGUGUCUCCUUUGGCGCUGCAUUUCUUUUUUUUGUCACUCCUUCGCGCCUUUUGUGUGUUCACACCCUCCCUCUCACUUCCCGGAACUUCUCCGUUUUCCCCCGAGUUCUUGGAUUUUUCCAGCUCCCGCGGAUCUCUCGUGCAAGAUGAGUCGACUCGCGAAAGUCGCCUGCGCGGCCGCACCGCCCUGCAGAGGUCGCUGCUAUGCUCUUUCCACCGUUCCGCCUCUCACUGUGUUCUCUUCGCGCUCUUCUUCUCUUUCGUCUCGCUCUUCGUUCUCUCCUCUCUCGUCUCUCUUCUCGACUGCGUCCUGUGUCCCUCUCCAGACGACAGCGGUGCGCGCGUCGUCAAGGAGCUUUCUUAAUCUUCACCGAGGUCCUUUGAGGUCCCGGCCUGACCUCGCAGACAGGGAACGUCGAACAGCGACGCUCGCGACGUUCAACACCGAAGAAAACUCCCCCUUCUGCAGGUCCUGGAACGCUACUUCACCCGCGCUCCUGCCCUCUGCCUCACGGCAACACCCACAGGCUUCUGACUUGCACCUCUUCUCCCCUUUCCUCGCGUCUGCAGCUGCUCCCUUCUCUUCCGUGUCAUCCUCUUCUUCUCCUUCUUCUCCUUCUCCUUCUUCUCCUUCUCCUCCUUCUUCUUCUUCUUCUCCUUCUUCGGGAUCUGGAGCCUUUGAGAGCGGCGGGGAAGCAGUGGUGGGAUCGCGACCCGUUUACUUGGACAACCAGGCGACGACCGUUCAAGAUCCUCGUGUGACAGAUGCGAUGCUUCCUUUCCUCUUUGACAAAUUUGGAAAUCCUCACUCAAGUUCGCAUGCAGUCGGCUGGGAGGCAGACGCCGCUGUCGAGAAAGCGAGGAAGCAGGUGGCGCACCUCCUGGGGCUCGACGCGUCGCGCGCUCGAGAGAUCAUUUUCACUUCCGGCGCGACGGAGAGCAACAACUUGGCGCUGAAGGGCGCCGUCCACUACUACUGCCGAGGGCAUCCGGUGACCUUUCGCAAGAGCGAGAAGCGAGGGGAGACGCGGGCAGCGGCGCGCGCGCGCAGGCACGUCAUCACCACCCAGCUCGAGCACAAAUGCGCGCUCCAGUGCUGUCGGAUGCUGCAGCUCGAGUUCUCCGAGUCUCAGGGCGCGCGGGGAUGCGACGUUACGUACUUGCCCGUGAAAACAGACGGCCUCGUCGACUUGGAGGAGCUCGAGAAAGCGAUUCGACCUGACACCCUGCUCGUCUCCGUCAUGUUCGUCAACAACGAAAUCGGCGUCGUCCAAAACCUCGAAGAAAUCGGAAAAAUAUGCAAACGACACGACAUCCUCUUCCACACAGACGCAGCGCAGGGUGCAGGCAAACUGCCCAUCGACGUCGACGAAAUGGGGAUCGAUCUCCUUUCUCUCUCGAGUCACAAGAUCUACGGACCGAAAGGGAUUGGCGCGCUCUUCGUUCGCGCGAAGAAUCCCCGCGUUCGCCUGCAACCUCUCAUCGACGGCGGCGGCCAGGAGCGCGGCCUGCGCAGUGGAACCCUGGCGACGCCUCUUUGCGUAGGCUUCGGAGCAGCUUGCGAACUGGCGGAAAAAGAAAUGGAGAACGACCGGAGACACGUAUCCCGACUCGCUCGUCUUCUCCUCGAUUCGGUGCGCGAGCAAAUUCCUGACAUCGAAGUGAACGGGAGCUUGACCAGCCGCUAUCCAGGAAACUUGAACAUUUCCUUCACCUUCGUCGAGGGCGAGUCUGUCCUCAUGAGCAUUCGCGACGUCGCCAUCUCUUCGGGCAGCGCAUGCACGAGCGCUUCCCUGGAACCGUCCUACGUACUUCGCGCUCUCGGCGUCGGCGAGGAAGUUGCGCAUACUUCUCUUCGAUUCGGCAUUGGGAGAUUUACGCGAGAGGAGGAUGUGCGGCAAUGCGUAGAGAGGCUCGUGAAGCAAAUUCACCGCCUGAGGGAGCUUUCGCCUCUCUACGAAAUGGAAAUGGCGAAGAGAAAGGCCCUCGCCUCAGGCGUCUGCCCGAACGACGAAACUGACGGAAACGCCCUUAUCUGGACAUAGAAAUCCCAGAGGAAAAUCCAAGUAUACCCGAUUCACAACAUGCAAGCAGUUACAUACAUCGAUUUCUAUAUAUAUAUAUAUAUAUAUAUGUAUGUAUACAUGUAUAUAUAUAUACAUAUAUGUAUGUAUACAUGUAUAUCUCUAUAUACUGGUGAUUUUGACUUAGAUUUUGGGGGUCUGUACAGGUAGGGGUGUAGGACUGUGUGUAGUUUUCUACGUGCCAUUCCCUGACGCGUCUCAGAAGGAGAAAGACAGAUGUCUCCUUGGUUUUUUAAAGCGAUUGCGGGAGGAUAGGAGACACAAGUCUUCGCUUUCUGAGUCACGGGGCUUCAGAAAACGUAUUAUUUCGUUUCUUGGAUGAGCAGAAAAGACCCACUGAAAAAGCUUGGAAAAAAGGACCGCGAGAGGGAACCCAAGCAGCUCGCUUUGUACGACUCUCCCGGAGCCACAGAAAGGGGAAGGGAGACAAGAAUAAGAGAAGAAGGAAGAGAAGGAAAGGAGAAGGGAAGAAGAAGGAAAAGAGGAAAGAGAACCGGAGGAUGACGUAUCCAGAGACGGAGGGUGAGGAAGAACACUGCGGGAGAAAAAGCAUCUUGAGAAAGCAGAAGAGAAGUUGCAUUCAGUGUGUUUGCUUCCUUUCGAAUGAAAAGACGACAACAAGCUUUUCGUCGCUGUCUCGACUGGCAAAUCAACACUGAAUCGAACGCAGAAAAUGAACUGUGGUAUCUCCAGGGCGUCUUCAUAGAGAGACUGUGUCUGUGUCUCUCGAGUCGAAGAAAAAAGUUUCAAAUCAAAGGCAUUGUGGGAAGUGACGAGUCCCGCUGUCUCAUGCAGAGGAAACAGACUUGUGCAACCCACCUCGGUAGUCCUUUGCAUGAACGAAAAAAUAGGUGACUUUUGUUUCCUUGUACGCGUCUCCAGCCCUCUGAAUAUAUCCAUUCCUAUUUAUUUCUGUCUGUACACGCGAGGCUCCCGCGAAGAAAUGUCUGCUUCAGAGUUGGCGGAGGUUUUUCGCGGGGGCCAAGAGUGGCUCCGCUGCUGGGGUUCGAGUCGAAUUUGGGGCUGUGAUUUGGGCGCAUGCAGUUUUAUCGGGUGUUCAGGUUCUUAAGUCCGCGAGCGGCUGCUGCCUUGCUUCGCUCUUGUCGUGAGGAGGAGCGGCGCUUUUGCAGACAGCUCCAGCGGGAGUCGAGAAGAAAAGAGAAACAGAGAAGAGAAGAAGACACACUCCGAAGAAAGGGAGAGAAGAGAAGGAAAUGUUCGCCGCCAGGGACAGACAGAAGACAGGAAAGAGAAGGAAGGAUAUCAGAAGAGGCCGAACGCGACUGUGCAAGAGCAAGCACACACACCGAGGGAGGGGGGCUGUUGCAUCUCAGGUGGCGGUUCACAUCUCCUUUCUUGUGCCAAGUCUGUGCUUUCCAGACGAGAAGACCGGAUCGUCUGUCGCUUCUUCUCGCAAACGCGUCCACCAGGCGUCCGACUCUGUCGUCUUCUUUGGCCAACACUCUCCCUGCUAAUCUGCUUUUGAAAUUGAAGGAAAUACGAACUUUCGUUGACGAGCUCCUGUCUCUCUGUGACAGAGAGAGGCGGCCAGACGCGAACAUGCUUGCGCCACAGUCGAGGCCUUCACCGAAGCCUCGAGAGAGGAUGUGAAGGCGAGACUUUUAAAUCCGUUUUUGCCGCGACAGAGUCCUGCAGAGUUUCUCGCGACUUCUGUAAAAAAAGUAAAUAUCGCGCCCGGACACGAGAUACGUUUUUC